AUGGAGGCGACGGCCGGAGUAUCGGCAGCCUCACGAGGUGGUUCGUUGUCAAGGAAGGAGUGGCGAGCGGUUACGGAGCAGCAGCAGCAUCGAAACGGUGGCGGUGGUGGAAAUGAGAACUUGGAACAGCCAAAAAUCGGGCAAUCAGAUGAGAGAACAAUAUAUGAGCAUGGAAGAGAGCCUGUUGAUGUGGACUUCUGUUCGAUCACGGUGGAUGGGGGUUUAGACGAUGAUAUUUUGCAGCAGAGAAUUCACAGCGUUGCUAGACAAAGAGAAGAGUUGCAACAGAUGGAGACUGAGCUCAGAGCUCAAGUGAUUGUGAGGUCUGAGAUCAUGGAAAUGCAGAACAGCUUCCAUGCUCAAAUCAAAGAACAUCAAGAUGCAGCUGCAGAGCUUGAGGAACAACUGCAUGAAAGGGGACAGGCCAUACAUGACUUGGAAAGGAGAAUGGAAGAAAAGGAUAGAGAACUGCAUGCUAUUAAAUUAGAUAAUGAAGCGGCCUGGGCUAAAGAGGACCUUCUCAGGGAACAAAAUAAUGAACUGGCGACAUUCAGAAGAGAGCGUGAUCAUUCUGAAGCUGAAAGAGCACAACAUAUACAGCAAUUGCGGGACCUUCAAGAACACAUCCAAGACAAGGAAAGACAGAUUCUAGAGUUGCAGGAACAGCAUAGGGCUGAUCAGGAGACCAUUUAUUUGAAGGAUGAACAGUUGAAAGUUUGGAUUGCACGUGUUCAGGAGAUGGAUGCCUUGCAAUCUAAUGCCAACCAUUCCUUACAAGCUGAAUUGAGAGAACGCACAGAACAGUAUAAUCAGCUUUGGCUUGGUUGUCAAAGACAGUUUGCAGAGAUGGAGAGAAUUCAUUUGCAUACCAUACAACAGCUUCAGUUUGAGCUAGCUGAUGCCAGAGAAAGGAGUGGAUCCUACACAGAUGAGUCACACCUAUCUCAAUCAAAUUCGAAGGACAUGUCGAACUUUAGUCAGAACAAUGGCAACCAGGUAGAUGUAAACGGAACUGCUGCAUCCAAUGCUAAUAAUGGAGCAUUGUCAAAUGGGAAUGCAGAUAAUGCUUCGUCUUUUGCGUCAACUGGAAAUGUACCAAAUCAGACCAACCAUGUUGCUGGGCUUCCAAUGGCUCCAACGUCCUUACUCGGGAUGCCGACCUAUCUUCCACCUGGGCAGGUGACUGCACUGCACCCAUUCAUUCUGCAUCAACAGGGGAUUCCCCAUUCUAUGACACCACAUGCUCCCCAAUCUCAUGUUGGACAUUUUCACUCAAUACCAGCAAUGUCAUCCCUCCCACAGUGGCAGAAUCAACAGGCUGUAACAGAGAGUGGACAAUUAUCUACACAGAAUCAACUUGCAUCAUCUCAUACUGAUCAUAACCUUAUGAGGUCAGAUGUAAAGUAUGACUAUGAAAGGUCUGUUAAUGGCCAUGACUUUCAUCCAGACUACCUUGAUGUUCAUAUCAGCCAAGGAGCAGAGCCUGAUUCUGUAAUUUCAUCAUCCACAGGGGAAUCGCAGGUUCUUGAGUCGAUUGAUAGAAGUUACUUGGUUACUCCGCAAACUGAGCAGAGCUUGCAAGAGAUUUCUUCUCAAUUUAGCGAAGCCUUGAGAUUGAAUCAUCUUGAACAGAAUACUGAAAUGAAGGAUCAAAAUGUUAUGAACUUUAAUAACCAGGGACUAGAGGGCCAAGCUUUGACAGAAGAGCAGGCGAGUUCUGCUGCCAGUGCAUCAUUAUCUGAAACCUCCGUGCAUUCAGUUAAUGUCAGUGAAACCACAAUCAACAACAGCACUGGUGCUGUUUCUUCUAAAACAUUUAUCUCAUCCGAGCAGACAGAUAUGUUUACGGGAGAAAAAACUUCUGAGACUCCUCUCCUUGAUGAAAGAUCUCUGUUGGCUUGCAUAGUUCGCACUAUUCCAGCUGGUGGUAGAAUUCGGAUCACUUCAACGCUACCAAAUAGACUUGGCAAGAUGCUUUCACCUUUGCAUUGGCACGAUUACAAGAAAAAAUAUGGGAAGCUGGAUGAUUUUGUGGGUGGUCACCCAGAAUUGUUUUUUAUCAAGGGCGACUACAUCCAGCUUCGGGAAGGAGCUCAAGAAAUGAUAGCUGCCACAGCAGCUAUUGCUAAAGUUGCUGCUGCUGCGGCAGCAUCAUCUCCUUACUCGUCAUUUUUGCCUUCUGUGGCUGUUACUCCUAUGGCACAAUCUCACCGAAUUAAGAAGGUUCCAUCAAUUGAGUCCAAAUUUUCUAAUGGUGCUGAUUUUGGGGUUGCUGGAGGCACCUCAAAUGUUAAAAUUUUGAGCAAAUUGAAAGAUUCUCAAGAACUAAAUGGGCCAGAUUUCGGUAGAUCAAGCAUAAGCAGUACUCAAACCAAGGGCUCAAUUCAUGCGAUGACUAACUCAAUUUAUUCUGGAAAACAACAGAACAGGAGGCAACGCCCAAUGCAUAAACUAACUCAUGGAGUUAAUUGGUGUGCAGGUCGGGCAUAUAUGGGAGGAUUUGCGGUAGCUCUUGCUGAAACUGCCAGCCAUUGUUUGCUUCUUAUAGAAUCCACCAUUGGACUUAGCUGA